AUGUUUCUUUUCUUCUUUCUUGCUAUUUUUUUUUUUACUUCUUACUUGGUUACUUGCUUUCAAAUUCUUUUUUUCCUUCAAGUUAAUUUUAACGUUUCUUUCGUUCUUUAUUUUCUUUAUUCUUCAAAGCAUUUCAUUCACUUUCCUAUUGUUCAGUUCUUUCGUUCUUUAUUUAUAGUUUCUUUUUUAUCGUUCUUCGUUGCUAAUUUUCUUGCUUUCUUUCACGUUUUCAGUCUUUCUUUCUUUAAUCUUUUACUUUUUCUUGCUUGUAUAUUUCUUUUUUUCCUUCCUUCAUUUCUUCCUUUCUUCAAUUUCUUAACAUUUCUUACUAAUUAUUUUUCUUUCUUGCUUUCUUUUAUUUCUUUCUUGCUUUCUUUUAUUUCUUUUUAUUUUCUUUCAACCGUGCUUUCAAAUUUCCUUUUUUUUUUCUUUCUUCCUUCCAUUUUUUCCUUCGUCUUUAAUUUAUUAACAUUUCCUGCUUUCAAGAUUUCUUUGUCUCUUUAUUUUUUUCCCAAAUCAUUUGCUAAAACUUUCUUUAUUUCUUUCUUCUUUCAAUUUUUCUUUUAA